AUGUCAGAGUCAUCGUGGUUAGGUAUCUGGGAGGGAAAUGAAGAUGAUAACAAUGAUAAAGGUAUUGAUUUAAAGAGAAAUAUUGGUGAUUGGACAUCUUUUAUGUUUGCAAUGGAUGAAGAAGGUGGACAAGAGUUGCAUCGUUCAUUAUCUAGCUUCAAAUUGGGUGGAGACGGUAUGCCUUUUACAAGUGCUGGAAGUAUGGCUGAUCGCCAACACAAGUUAUCAUUGGAACAGAUUCAACAACAGCAACAGCAACAGCAACAACAACCAUCACUUCAACAGAGAUCAAGAUUCAGAGGUUCAGGAGGUUUCAAUUCUCCACCAAGUUUUGACCGCCAAAACUCCUCUGGAUCGGGCAGUUCUCAAUCUUCAUUCGUUCCAGAACGCAAGAAUUCAGGUGGUAUUCAAAACGGUAUUGAGAGAAAGAACUCUAGUGGCUCCAAUAAUUCAUCGCCAAGAGUAACCACCAAUUCCACCUCGGUUCCAAAGAUUAGAAUUCCAGGAUUGUCAGGUGCCAUCAGUGCGGGUGGACUCAACAUCGAUACCGCCGAUAUUUUCCAACCGGCUUCACCUUCCUCACCCAUUCCAACCACGCCAUCCAGACAAUCGAAUGGAUCGAACCAACACAGUCCUGUCUAUGGAUCCACUCCAGUGGCUGCAUCGCCACCACUCUCCUCAUCACCAUCGUCCGAGAAAGAUUCAUUCUUUAACUUUUUCAGAAAGAAGAAAUCGGAAGGUAUGGCUCAUCCAAACUCAAACUCUGGUGGUCCAGGUGGAAAGCGUUCCAGUAUACCAUCGCUAACACUAGAUACCAUCUCCGAUGUCUCUAGUGUAUCCUCGUUUGAACCGACAUCGCCACGCGAAGUUUCACUCAACCAAUCGAUAGAGGAACCUUCACUCACUCAAUCGUUGCACUCUGACAAGAUUAUGGAGGGUUGGUUAGAGCGAUCCAGUAGUAGAACAUCAUGGAAGAAACACUGGUAUAUUCUCAGAGGCAAUUGUCUCGAGUACUAUAAAGGUUGGUGGGAAGACAAACCCACAGGAAACAACGGCAACCAACCAUCCACUCCUCGUGGCGAUAAGGAGAAAGAAAAAGAUAAGGUCAAAGAAAACAGAAUCACAUUGAACUAUUGGUUUACACUAUCGAAAAUCACAUUUGAAGAUGGUAAACAUGUAUUCUCCAUCAACCAUUCGUCGGAAGUUGAAAAGGUAAAGGCAAAGCUAUUGAAAUUCCGUUGCGAUGACGAAGCAACUGCCAAGAAAUGGGUUAUUGAAUGUGAGUCGGUUAUUAAGCGCAAGAAAGAGACAACCGUUACAUUGAGACCUUUGUUGGCUGCCGACCACAAAUUGCCAGGUGGUCGUAGAGCAACCGUUGCUGCGCCACCUACAUUCCUUCCGAAUGGAGCACCAUCGAAAACCGUCUACAUUCCAUCAGAGUUACUGGAGGAUUUGGAACCCGAUGAAAAGAAAGUAUUGGAAACCGUUAAACUACUUCUCGAGGAAUUCUCACCUGCAGCUUUGCCACCCGAUGAAAAACCAUCGACCUACCGUAAUAAACCUAGAUCGACCGAUGGAUUCUAUCGUAUUCUCUCGUUGGACGGAGGAGGUCUGCGUUCAGUCAUGGUAUGCGUACUCAUUGAGCGUAUUGUCAAGCGAUAUCCAACCUUUUUAGACUUUGUAGAUGUAUUCACAGGAACUAGCGCAGGUUCAAUCGUUGCAGCAGGUUUAGCCGCUCAAUAUCCACCAAAAGGUACAAGAAGAGUAUUAGAAUUGACAGCACUACCUGUAUUUGGUAAAAAGAGACCUGGAUUCAAUAUGGGUAAUGCAAAAUUCUUUAAUAGAUUGUUGAGAGCAUCUUGUUAUGUAUUCUUUCAAGAUAAAAAGUUUUAUGAAAUGCCAAGAAAGUUGGUAGUUCCUGCAUUCCAGCUGGACAGUCACUACCCUCCACAGGCAGAGCCAUACGCGCCAAAAGAUAGAAGAUGGAUGCCACAAGUAUUCCAUAAUAUCGGAAAGUGUGACGAUUGGCUCACUCAAGAGGUGGUGAGCGAUGUGUUGCUGCGUUCCGGUUCGGCACCAACAUUCUUCCCUUCGUACCAGGGUUUCAUCGAUGGCGGUGUUUUCUGUAACAAUCCGGGCAUGGCAGCACUCAGCUUGGCGAUGUCACCGCAACUCGAUAACAUCCCAUCGUCCAAGAUCAUUUGUUUCUCACUGGGAACCGGUCUGUCGCCACACUACAUGGAGGGUGGACCAGACUAUGACUGGGGACUCUUGAACUGGGCACCGAAACUAGGUAACCUCUUCAUGGGUUCACAAGUCGAUUUCCUCACACAGCUCUGUGAGAAUAUUCUAGCGGAGAGAUACCAUCGUGUCAAUCCACUACUAGGUACACACACAUCAAUGGAUGAUCCCAAACUUGUCAGUGAACUUGCUACUCUUGCCAACGAAGUUGAUCUCACCAAAACAUUUGAAUGGAUUGAAAAGCAUUGGUUCCCAUCAAACGUAGAAAAUCCUAAAGUUUCAUCACCAAGAGAUAAUCAAUCAACUACAUCAUCAAACUAA